AUGAAGAAGAAGAUUCUCCUCAUGGGUCGCUCCGGGUGCGGCAAGACGUCGAUGCGAGCCUUGGUCUUCUCCUCAACACUCUACCCAAAUGCAGCCUCAACAAAGCGUCUAGGCACCACACUCGGCGUCGAGACGAGCCACUUCCGUAUCCUGCGUAACCUCGUCAUCUCCCUCUUCGACAUGGGCGGGCAGCAGGCGUACAUCGAUAGCUAUUUGGACGAUAGGAAGAGUCAGGUCUUCAAGGACGUAGGUGCCUUUGUCUACGUCUUUGAUAUGGGGAAUAGCGCAGAGCAGGGAGAGGACGAUGAUGCGUGGGAAGCAGAUGGCAGGUAUUGGAGAGAUUGCGUUCGUCUCCUCAAUCAGCACUCUCCAACGGCCCAAAUCUUCUGCCUUCUCCACAAGAUGGAUCUAGUCCAAGAAUCGUCCCGCCGCGACAUCUACGCUCAACGAGUUCGUGAGCUGCGUAGCAAGGCUCGCGACCUACUCGGCCCUGAAUCGGACAUUGACGCGCGACUGAGGUGCUGCGGGACGAGCAUCUGGGACGAAACGCUCUACCGCGCUUGGUCGAAGAUUAUCCAUUCGCUCAUUCCCAAUAUCGCGGUUCUGGAGAGCAAUCUGGACCAGUUUGCGGGAGUGAGUGGGGCUACUGAGGCGGUGGUGUUUGAACGUAAGACCUUCUUGGUCGUAGCGAGGAGUGGGGAGGCUAAGGAGCGGGGUGCAGUAGCAGGGACGGGGGAUUCGAAGGAGACAGCAUCACAACCUCAACCGCCACAGCCGUCAUCAUCGGUAGCAGCAGCCAGCAAAGUUUCCUCUCCUCGAAGAAGCAAGGGCGCCCCACCUGCUCUCGGCCAAGACGACACCGCACUCAUAAUGGAAGGCUACCCGCCCUCAGACGCCGAACGCAAGUCGAUCCUCUCCUCCGGCCAACUCCAUCCCGAGCGAUUUGAGAAGAUCUCAGAGCUAGUCAAGAACCUGCGUGGCAGCUGUUCCAAGCUUCAGGCUAGCUUUCAAUCGCUGGAGGUGCGAGGAGAGACUUUUGCCGCGUACCUGGACGUGCUUACGGCGGAUACGUAUAUCUUGGUCAUUGUGGCUGAUCCGAGUGUUGAGCUCUCCGCUGUCAAGCUCAACGUCCACAUGGCGAGGGAGCGAUUCGAGAAGUUGAGCUAG